AUGGCGGGAGUAGACGAACUCUGUAUAUUGCAACCUCACCAGAGCUCGACAACGAUUGUAACUUCAAAUGGGAUGAAAAUUCGCAGCUCUAUUAUCACUCAAGUUCAUCUUUUCGCUCCUUUUACAGCUAUGAUUAUAUCUGUGGUUUUUAUUAUAAUCCACAUGAAUGUUGGUACUACAGCAGCUGAGAUGGCUAACCGGGUCGAAAUGUCUGUUGAUGUUGAAAUUCCUGGUUUAGAUUUCUUCAUCAACAAAAAGCAGGGUCUGUGUAAUGAUAAUCUUAGAGAAGAUUGUGAAGAUCUGGCGGAAAGGAUUGGAACAGCUUCUGAGGAAUGCUUGAAUGGUGCAGAAGAAGAUGGUAUUUGCGGAUUAGAAGAAGGUGAAAGGAUAAUUGAUGACCAUCCUUGCUCUUGCGCUUCAAGCCAGAAAAUUACUGAUGAAGGUGUUUCCUGGGAAGAAGAGAAUUGGUUGGCACAAUAUGGUCAAGUCUCUGAAGCAACUGAAAUUUCUGAUUUGGAUGCUCAAAUAGCGGAUUUAUGGGACUGGGAAAUCAUGCAAGAGAACGGAAAAGAUGGAAAGAGUACGGUAGUCAGAUUGGCUGGCCGACUGGUGAAAAGUCUGUCCAGGCUUCAUCCAUCAGUUUCAUCAGGCAGAGUUUGA